CCGUGCAGGUGAAACAGGCAACCAAUCAAAUUGUGAUGAACUGUGCUGAUAUUGACAUUAUUACAGCCUCCUAUGCACCAGAGGGCGAUGAAGAAAUACAUGCCACAGGAUUCAAUUAUCAGAAUGAAGAUGAGAAAGUUACUCUCUCCUUUCCCAGUACUCUUCAGAAAGGGACCGGGACAUUAAAGAUAGACUUUGUUGGAGAGCUAAAUGAUAAAAUGAAAGGUUUUUAUCGAAGUAAAUACACCACCCCUUCUGGAGAGACACGUUAUGCUGCUGUCACUCAGUUUGAGGCUACUGAUGCUCGCAGAGCCUUUCCUUGCUGGGAUGAACCUGCUAUUAAGGCGACAUUUGAUAUCUCAUUGGUCGUCCCUAAAGACAGAGUAGCUUUGUCAAAUAUGAACGUCAUAGACCGGAAGCCGUACCCUGAUGAUGAAAAUCUGGUGGAAGUGAAGUUUGCUCAAACCCCUAUAAUGUCAACCUACCUAGUAGCAUUCGUGGUGGGAGAAUAUGACUUUGUAGAGACCAGGUCGCUUGAUGGUGUCUUAGUACGUGUUUACACUCCUGUUAGCAAAGCAGAACAAGGAAAGUUUGCAUUAGAGGUUGCUGCUAAAACUCUGCCUUUUUAUAAGGACUACUUCAGUGUUCCUUACCCUCUUCCUAAAAUUGAUCUCAUAGCUAUUGCAGACUUUGCUGCUGGUGCCAUGGAGAACUGGGGCCUUGUUACUUAUAGGGAGACUGCGCUUCUUAUUGAUCCCAAAAAUUCCUGCUCUUCAUCCCGCCAAUGGGUUGCUCUGGUUGUGGGACAUGAACUUGCUCAUCAGUGGUUUGGAAACCUUGUGACCAUGGAAUGGUGGACCCAUCUGUGGCUGAAUGAAGGAUUUGCUUCCUGGAUUGAGUAUCUGUGUGUAGACCACUGUUUCCCAGAGUAUGAUAUCUGGACUCAGUUUGUUUCUGCUGAUUACACACGUGCUCAAGAGCUUGAUGCCUUGGAUAACAGUCAUCCCAUUGAGGUUAGUGUUGGUCAUCCGUCUGAAGUAGAUGAAAUAUUUGAUGCUAUUUCUUAUAGCAAAGGAGCAUCUGUAAUCCGAAUGCUGCAUGACUACAUUGGAGAUGAGGAUUUUCGGAAAGGAAUGAAUUUGUACUUAACCAAGUUCCAACAGAAGAACGCAGCUACAGAGGACCUUUGGGAAAGCCUGGAGAAAGCCAGUGGUAAGCCUAUUGCUGCUGUGAUGAAUACAUGGACCAAACAAAUGGGUUUUCCACUCAUCUAUGUGGAAGCUGAGCAGCAAGAAGAGGACAAAGUGUUGAAGUUAGUCCAGAAGAAAUUCUGUGCCAGUGGACCGUAUGCUGGGGAGGACUGCCCACUGUGGAUGAUUCCCAUAAGUAUUUGUACAAGUGACGACCCCACCUGUGCCAAAAUGCAAGUGCUGAUGGACAAGUCAGAGCUGACAGUGGUGUUGAAAGAUGUUAAGCCAGACCAGUGGGUGAAGUUAAACCUGGGAACAGUAGGGUUUUAUCGUACUAAAUACAGCCCUGACAUGCUGGAGAGUUUAAUACCAGCAAUCAAAGACCUCACCCUACCCCCUGUGGACAGACUUGGGCUACAGAACGAUCUCUUCUCUCUGGCCCGAGCUGGAAUCAUUAGCACUGUAGAGGUUCUAAAAGUCAUGGAAGCUUUUGUGAAUGAGCCCAAUUAUACUGUGUGGAGCGACCUGAGCUGUAACCUGGGGAUUCUCUCAACUCUCUUGUCCCACACAGACUUCUAUGAGGAAAUCCAGGUGUUCGUGAAAGAUGUCUUUUCACCCAUAGGGGAGAGACUUGGAUGGGACCCCAAACCUGGAGAAGGUCAUCUAGAUGCACUUCUGAGGGGCCUGGUUUUGGGCAAACUAGGAAAAGCUGGGCAUAAGGCAACGUUAGAAGAAGCACGACGCCGGUUUAAGGACCAUGUGGAAGGAAAGCACAUCCUGUUAGCUGACCUGAGAAGUCCUGUAUAUGUAACAGUUUUGAAGCACGGAGAUAGUACUACCUUAGACACUAUGCUAAAGCUUCACAAACAAGCAGAUAUGCAGGAGGAGAAGAACCGGAUUGAGCGAGUUCUCGGAGCCAUCUCUCAACCUGAACUGAUUCAAAAAGUUCUCACCUUUGCACUUUCAGAAGAGGUACGUCCCCAGGACACUGUGUCUGUUAUUGGUGGAGUAGCUGGAGGCAGCAAGCAGGGGAGAAAAGCUGCCUGGAAAUUUGUGAAGGAUAACUGGGAAGAACUUUAUAACCGUUACCAGGGUGGAUUCUUAAUAUCCAGACUAAUAAAGCUUUCAGUUGAUGGAUUUGCAAAUGAUAAAAUGGCUGCAGAGGUUAAGGCUUUCUUUGAGAGUCACCCAGCUCCAUCGGCAGAACGCACUGUCCAGCAGUGCUGUGAAAAUAUUCUGCUGAAUGCAGCUUGGUUGAAGCGGGACACAGAGAGCAUCCACCAGUAUCUCCUGCAGCGCAAGGCCUCGCCAGCCAUGGUGUGAAUCUGUGCAUGCAGCUGCUGCAGUCCUACUGCCUCAUCAUGGGGAGAGGGAGGAGCUACCCAACAGCUGAUUCAUAUGCCAAGAAUUUGGAGUCUUUUCUCAAACCAAUACCAAUGGGGAUUGGACAAUGAAUGUAGUUAACUGGUUCCUGCUCACACUCCAGAAAUAAAUUCUAUUAAAAAUUAUCAGCAAUUCAGCAAAAAAUAAUUAAAAAAAAUCUGUAAAUAUGAUAGUAAUAAAAUAGAGCAUAACAAAACUGUGAAACUUCCUCAAGCCUUGUCAGUGGUUAAAAUAUUUAACACCCCCCUACACUCUUAUUGACAGAUGUUCUGUUUUUACACCAUCUAAAAAAGGCAACCAGAGGUGUCUGGGUCAGUGGAAUUUUGUGGCGAGUCUGGGGCAGGAAUGGGUUAACGCCUCUGAGAGAGAGAGAGAGAGAGAGAGAGAGAGAGAGAGAGAGAGACAGAUCUACAAGACCAUUACAGUGCGGGUUGCGUGGAAAGGUUCACUCAGAAAGGCAGGUAGCUGGUAUAACAUAGUCUGAGUCUGUGCAUAAUUCCAAAUGCGUGGUUUUUGGGAGACUUAUUUUUCCUGCAGCCUCCAAUCAAAUCCAAGGAUAGUAGGUUCCCUUCCUUCUGUGUUACCUCUUGGCAAAAAGAAAAAUGUUCUGUCGCUCUUUGGUUUUUCUCCUUGGUUCCAGUUGCUGAUGUCCUUCUUAGAGAUAAAGGAAUUGUAAGGAAACAUCUUUCGUAGCCACAUUAAAUGAGAGUGAUUCAUUCAAAUCUAAUUUUUUUUCUUUUUAAUUGCAUCCUCAAAAUGCAUGUGAAUGAGAAGAUACAGUACCGUGUGACUGGUUUCCUGGGCCACAAUAAGGGCAGGCCCCUUGUUCAAGACACUGUUACUUGUCUAAAAGAUCCAGCUUGUUCAAUCUCCUCAUGGCCGUAGCAACACUAGCUUUUCAUUCCUUUCUGUGAUGUUGACGGUAAUUUGAUUCAGAAGCCUUAAAUUAGUGAUGACUGGCGUGAUGAUGAAGUCUAAACUGUGUGCCAUCAUUUACUUCAUAAAACAGUGUGGUCUACUAACCAGACACAACAUGCACCUAAUACAAAGGUUUUGAGUUUCCACUUUUUUUUUCUUUUAACAGGAAUUCAUAUUUGGUGUGGCUUAACUGUAUUUCAGAAGGUCAUCAGACUAACUGUCAGACUGCUUCCCUGAAACAUUUUUGUGCUAUUGUUUAAAAAAAAAAAAAUUAAAACAGUUGGCGUUAAUAAAAAUGUCAAUGUGAAAUGGA